AUGGAAUUUUGGAGAAGGAGAUGGAAUCUGGGAGAAGGGAAUGGAAUCUGGGAGAAGGGGAUGGAAUCAGGGAGAAGGGGAUGGAAUCCGAGAGAAGGGGAUGGAAUCUGGGAGAAGGGGAUGGAAUCCGGGAGAAGGGGAUGGAAUCUGGGAGAAGGGGAUGGAAUCUGGGAGAAGGGGAUGGAAUCUGGGAGAAGGGGAUGGAAUCUGGGAGAAGGGGAUGGAAUCUGGGAGAAGGAGAUGGAAUCAGGGAGAAGGGGAUGGAAUCUGGGAGAAGGGGAUGGAAUCUGGGAGAAGGGGAUGGAAUUUGGGACAAGGGGAUGGAAUUUGGGAGAAGGGUAUGGAAUCAGGGAGAAAGGAUGGAAUGUGGGAGAAGGGGAUGGAAUCUGGGAGAAGGGGAUGGAAUCUGGGAUAAGGGGAUGGAAUAUGGGAGAAGGGGAUGGAAUCUGGGAGAAGAGGAUGGAAUCUGGGAGAAGGGGAUGGAAUCUGGGAGAAGGGGAUGGAAUCUGGGAGAAGGGGAUGGAAUCGGGGAGAAGGCGAUGGAAUUUGGGAGAAGGGGACGGAAUCUGGGAGAAGGGGAUGGAAUCUGGGAGAAGGGGAUGGAAUCUGGGAGAAAGGGAUGGAAUCUGGGAGAAGGGGAUGGAAUCUAGGAGAAGGGGAUGGAAUCAGGGAGAAGGGGAUGGAAUCUGGGAAAAGGGGAUGGAAUUUAGGAGAAGGGGAUGGAAUCUGGGAGAAGGGGAUGCAGUCAGAGAGAAGGGGAUGGAAUCGGGGAGAAGGGGAUGGAAUCAAAGAGAAGGGGAUGGAAUUUGGGAGAAUGGGAUGGAUUUGGGAGAAGGAGAUGGAAUCUGGGAGAAGGGAAUGGAAUGUGGGAGAAGGGGAUGGAAUCUAGGAGAAGGGGAUGGAAUCUGGGAGAAGGGGAUGGAAUCUGGGAGAAGGGGAUGGAAUCUGGGAGAAGGGGAUGGAAUCUGGGAGAAGGGGAUGGAAUCUGGGAGAAGGGGAUGGAAUCUGGGAGAAAGGGAUGGAAUCAGGGAGAAGGGGAUGGAAUCUGGGAGAAAGGGAUGGAAUUUAGGAAAAGGGGAUGGAAUUUGGGAGAAGGGGAUGCAGUCAGAGAGAAGGGGAUGGAAUCGGGGAGAAGGGGAUGGAAUCAAAGAGAAGGGGAUGGAAUUUGGGAGAAUGGGAUGGAUUUGGGAUAAGGAGAUGGAAUCUGGGAGAAGGGAAUGGAAUCUGGGAGAAGGGGAUGGAAUCUGGGAGAAGGGGAUGGAAUCUGGGAGAAGGGGAUGGAAUCUGGGAGAAGGGGAUGGAAUCUGGGAGAAGGGGAUGGAAUCUGGGAGAAGGGGAUGGAAUCUGGGAGAAGGGGAUGGAAUCAGGGACAAGGUGAUGGAAUCGGGGAGAAGGGAUAGAAUCUGGGAGAAGGGGAUGGAAUCUCGGAGAAGGGGAUGGAAUCGGGGAGAAGGGGAUGGAAUUUGGGAGAAGGGGACGGAAUCUGGGAGAAGGGGAUGGAAUCUGGGAGAAGGGGAUGGAAUCUGGGAGAAGGGGAUGGAAUCUGGGAGAAGGGGAUGGAAUCUAGGAAAAAGGGAUGGAAUCAGGGAGAAGGGGAUGGAAUCUGGGAGAAGGGGAUGGAAUUUAGGAGAACGGGAUGGAAUCUUGGAGAAGGGGAUGCAGUCAGAGAGAAGGGGAUGGAAUCGGGGAGAAGGGGAUGGAAUCAAAGAGAAGGGGAUGGAAUUUGGGAGAAUGGGAUGGAUUUGGGAGAAGGAGAUGGAAUCUGGGAGAAGGGAAUGGAAUCUGGGAGAAGGGGAUGGAAUCUGGGAGAAGGGGAUGGAAUCUGGGAGAAGGGGAUGGAAUCUGGGAGAAGGGGAUGGAAUCUGGGAGAAGGGGAUGGAAUUUGAAUCUGGGAGAAGGGGAUGGAAUCUGGGAGAAGGGGAUGCAGUCAGAGAGAAGGGGAUGGAAUCGGGGAGAAGGGGAUGGAAUCAAAGAGAAGGGGAUGGAAUUUGGGAGAAUGGGAUGGAUUUGGGAGAAGGAGAUGGAAUCUGGGAGAAGGGAAUGGAAUGUGGGAGAAGGGGAUGGAAUCUAGGAGAAGGGGAUGGAAUCUGGGAGAAGGGGAUGGAAUCUGGGAGAAGGGGAUGGAAUCUGGGAGAAGGGGAUGGAAUCUGGGAGAAGGGGAUGGAAUCUGGGAGAAGGGGAUGGAAUCUGGGAGAAAGGGAUGGAAUCAGGGAGAAGGGGAUGGAAUCUGGGAGAAAGGGAUGGAAUUUAGGAAAAGGGGAUGGAAUUUGGGAGAAGGGGAUGCAGUCAGAGAGAAGGGGAUGGAAUCGGGGAGAAGUGGAUGGAAUCAAAGAGAAGGGGAUGGAAUUUGGGAGAAUGGGAUGGAUUUGGGAUAAGGAGAUGGAAUCUGGGAGAAGGGAAUGGAAUCUGGGAGAAGGGGAUGGAAUCUGGGAGAAGGGGAUGGAAUCUGGGAGAAGGGGAUGGAAUCUGGGAGAAGGGGAUGGAAUCUGGGAGAAGGGGAUGGAAUCUGGGAGAAGGGGAUGGAAUCUGGGAGAAGGGGAUGGAAUCUGGGAGAAGGGGAUGGAAUCUGGGAGAAGGGGAUGGAAUCUGGGAGAAGGGGAUGGAAUCUGGGAGAAGGGGAUGGAAUCAGGGAGAAGGGGAUGGAAUCUGGGAGAAGGGGAUGGAAUCUGGGAGAAGGGGAUGGAAUCUGGGAGAAGGGGAUGGAAUCGGGGAGAAGGGGAUGGAAUCUGGGAGAAGGGGAUGAAAUCUGGGAGAAGGGGAUGGAAUCUGGGAGAAGGGGAUGGAAUUUGGGAGAAGGGGAUGGAAUCUGGGAGAAGGGGAUGGAAUCUGGGAGAAGGGGAUGGAAUCUGGGAGAAGGGGAUGGAAUUUGGGAGAAGGGGAUGGAAUCUGGGAGAAGGGGAUGGAAUCUGGGAGAAGGGGAUGGAAUCUGAGAGAAGGGGAUGGAAUCUGGGAGAAGGGGAUGGAAUCUGGGAGAAGGGGAUGGAAUUUGGGAGAAAGGGAUGGAAUCUGGGAGAAGGGGAUGGAAUCUGGGAGAAGGGGAUGGAAUCUGGGAGAAGGAGAUGGAAUCAGGGAGAAGGGGAUGGACUCUGGGAGAAGGGGAUGGAAUCUGGGAGAAGGGGAUGGAAUCUGGGAGAAGGGGAUGGAAUAUGGGAGAAGGGGAUGGAAUCUGGGAGAAGAGGAUGGAGUCUGGGAGAAGGGGGGAGAAGGGGAUGGAAUCUGGGAGAAGGGGAUGGAAUCUGGGAGAAGGGGAUGGAAUCUGAGAGAAGGGGAUGGAAUCUGGGAGAAGGGGAUGGAAUCAGGGACAAGGUGAUGGAAUCGGGGAGAAGGGAUAGAAUCUGGGAGAAGGGGAUGGAAUCUCGGAGAAGGGGAUGGAAUCGGGGAGAAGGGGAUGGAAUUUGGGAGAAGGGGACGGAAUCUGGGAGAAGGGGAUGGAAUCUGGGAGAAGGGGAUGGAAUCUGGGAGAAGGGGAUGGAAUCUGGGAGAAGGGGAUGGAAUCUAGGAAAAAGGGAUGGAAUCAGGGAGAAGGGGAUGGAAUCUGGGAGAACGGGAUGGAAUCUGGGAGAAGGGGAUGCAGUCAGAGAGAAGGGGAUGAAAUCGGGGAGAAGGGGAUGGAAUCAAAGAGAAGGGGAUGGAAUUUGGGAGAAUGGGAUGGAUUUGGGAGAAGGAGAUGGAAUCUGGGAGAAGGGAAUGGAAUCUGGGAGAAGGGGAUGGAAUCUGGGAGAAGGGGAUGGAAUCUGGGAGAAGGGGAUGGAAUCUGGGAGAAGGGGAUGGAAUCUGGGAGAAGGGGAUGGAAUUUGGUAG